CCAGCUGGGGAAGGAGCCGACUGGGCUGCUGCUCCAGCAGAAUUCUUGGGUCUGAAGCCAACAGAAAAGGGUGACAGGUGGAUCUUUGUGCCUCAAGAACCAAGAUACGUGUCUCCACUCUCACCAUGGAUGAACUCAGUGGUCUCUGAAAGCUGGAGAUUCUCAGCCUGAGUCCUGACCUUGCACAUGACCCUGACCAUGGUUUGCUGCCACCCCCACGGAGGGUGUUCAGAGGGCCAGAUGGUCCGUAAGAAGAGUGUAGGCUUAGUAGAUGGCAAUUCCUGUUAUUAGGAAUCUUGACCACUGGCCCCGUUAUUAAGAGGCCUGACUGCCAUCCCCUGUAGCCCUGGGCUGCCCUGUGCAGGCUGGUUCCUUUGGCAGGCUCUGACUCAGCCAUUUGCUGCCAGCAUUUCUGCAGUGAGCCAGUUAGAGUCUGAGUCCCUUGCCUAGGGCAUACAGCAGGUAUCUGCAGUCUCUGCCUGCUCCCCUACUACCCCUAGUCUCCACUCAACUUGGCUCAGCUGAACUGGCUCCCAGUCUCAGCUGGAUGGGGACGUUUUUAGGCUCACUGAGUGAUGUCAGGAGGCUGGGAGGGGCAAGCCUGGCCCUGGUGGGGGCAGCAGAGAAGGAAGUGGGUGCUGCAGCCACAUGGAAGGGGAGGUUGGGAUGAGGCAGACUGGAGAACCCCUGGGGCGGUGAUCAGACUAGGUUUCAAUUGAGCACGGAGAACUGGGCCACCACAAUUUCACUUUCUCAGAAAAUGAAACUGAAGCAAGGCUGUGGUCACGUGACAGGUGGCGGGGUAUAAAGCUGGCAGCCUCAAGCCUCUAGCUUCCAGAUCUGCAGAAGCAUGCCGGCCCCAGGAAUUCCUCUCCCUGGAAGUAUGGAAUGUCCUUCCUGUCGGCAUAUCUCCAAAGAGGAAGCCCCAAAGUUCUGCAGUGAGUGUGGACAGAGGCUGCUUCCUGCAGCCCCCGAAGGAGUACCAGGUCCUCAGAGCAACCUCAAGGAAACAUCGGCCCCAGAGGGAGAAAUGGAGUGUGGACAGGAGCUGAAGGAAGAAAGCAGCUCCUCCUUGUCCCUGGGCUCAGGUGAUUGGCAAGAAAACCCAGAUGAGCCCCGUUCGAAUGACUCACGGCAAACCAAGCGAGGAGUUGUGUCCGAGGGUUUUGUAGAUGCGGCAGAUGGCACAUCCACAUCUGAUGAGCUGGAAGCUGUUAGUUACUCUGCCUGCAAAAGAAGAAAAGAAGAUGCAACCCUGUUUGAGGUCACUGACACGUGCGCUCCAGACUCUGAGCAGCGGCGUAGCAGGAGUAAAAGGAAGAAAAGGAAUUCGAAGAAUACUUCCACAUCUGCAGAGCUGGAUUCCUUUUCUGCCUCCUCAUUGGAGCCCUGUAGUCUGAGUUCGCUUGCAAACUCUGGGCUCCAGGACACAGCUCCAUGCCAAAGCCCAGCUCAGCAGGGUAGUCCCUCUCACGAGCCAGGCCAGCCUCCAAGUGUGGGCAAAAUACCACUGGAGGCUAUGGGCCACCCUCUGCAAGGCGAGGCUGCAGGAGAGGCAGAAGCAGCCACGGGCACCGAGUCUCUGAGCAGCCCAGCACCUCAGGACCAGACUCUGGGAGGAGCCCUCCCAGAAGGGAAUGACCAUCAGUCCUUGAGCCCCUCCAAGGGUGAAGAUCUCCCCACUUCUGCCAGCGAAGGCUCUCCUAGGGAGAAGGAUACUGCCCAGGAGCUCCUGCUGCCUGAGCCCAAGGCGGACACCUCCAAGUCCAGGAAAGAGCUGCAGACCACCGGGCAGCUGGCCAGGGCUCCUGCCUCUGGGGCAAGUGAUGCUGCAGCUGAGCCAGCUGGUUCAGUGGAAGGAGCUGAGAAAGAUGUUAAAGAUAAGACUGAGGAAACGAAAGAGCUGCCCACAAGCAUCCCUGCUUCCCGAGACCACCGUCAGGAAAUUGCAACCAAGGACCAGACGGCUGUUCCUGGAGGGAAAACAGGUGAAAAUGAGAAAGCCAAGCCAAAGAACCUGAAGAAGCCAGAGGGGAAUAACGGAAAUAAUGCCGCCCCUGUGAAAAAUGAGAAGGAGCAAAGGAACCAGAGCACACAGCGAGCUAAGGAGAGCCUGCUGAGCUCCACGGAAGGAAUCAUGGUAUACUUCCAUGCAAUCAUUUCUAAACAUUUUGGAUUCAACCCUGAUCAACACAAAGUAUAUGUCAGGGGUGGAAAAGAAUUCGGGAAGCCUGCAUGGAAUCAUAAUGUUUGUGAAAUGCACUACAGCAAAGACUUACAUGAGAACGGGUCCCUCAUUGAAGGCAGCACCACCAUUUCCAAGCAGCACGUGAAUAAACCCAUUCCUUACAAGUACGUCAUCUGCAGAGGCAGGAGCCCUGAGUAUGAGUUCAUCUACAAAGAACCGUCAAAGAAAGGCGAGCAUGUGAACCGCUGUCUGCGGGUGAAAUCUUCCCUUCUGGACUCUGCAGACUGGCAUCAGUACGAUGAUAUAAUUUGUAUGAAGCCCCCUGGGACAUUUCAGAAAUGGAUGGAUCAUAUAACAGAUGGUACGAGGAAAAAUGUGGUGAUAGGGAAGCAGAUCUCAGCUGCAGUCAUGCUGGACCGCAUCUUCAGCAUUCUUGAAACCUGGAAUGCCAUCAAUUUAAAGAACUUUUUCAUCCAGUUCCAGCAGUUCUAUGAUGUCAUUCGUGUGCCCAUGAUCUAUGAAGGAGAAGAACAGCCAUGGAGUGCUCUACAGUAUGAAGAGAAGAAGGUGAGGAAGCACCUAUGGGAGUGCUUGACAAAGAAAAUGGCACCAUUUCUGGAAACCAGUGGGGACCGUCUGCCUGAGGACUGCCCAGUGAAGAGUAAAUUGGGAAUGGGCAUGAUUGUCCUUUUCUUAGUGGAAAAAUUCAACUUCCUCUUAGUGGAAAAAGACCUGGCCUCACUCUGUCACCUCCUUCACUCAGAGGCCACAUCACCAGAUGCCUUUUGCCGGGACCUGAAACACAUCUUUGAAGCAUCUCAGAGCUGGCGAGUGUCCUUGGUAAACCUGUGCCGAAUGUGCAUGGGCAAAAAGGUUGACCUCUGGGUGUGUGCUCUGCCUGUGCUGCACCACUGCAUGGACCUGUCCCCGCCAGCCCCGGGCUCAGCUGUGCAGUCUGAGGACACCUGGGCAGCCCUUGAAGGCAUCUCCUUCUCGGAGUUUCGGGAAGCAAGACCAGAUCAGAUACAAUUACUCCAGCUAAUGGAAAAAAACAGAUAUUUGCUGAAUGUGGAUAAGUAUCUAUUCCGAUCCUGGUUCAGUUUGCUUCCUCUGAGUAACUUGGCUCCUUACAUGGAACACCUCAUCGAUUACCUGAGUCAGUGUCCCUCUCGUGUCCUGGACUGUCUUCUAGGGACUUGGUACCGUCUGGACGGACUUCAGGAAAUCUCUCCAAGAAACCUCGAGAGUAUUGAGAAUACUUUGAAAAUGCUGUUGUGCCUUCUGGAAAUUUAUCAGGAAAAGAUUCUUGAGGAGCCCUUGAUACAGUCCUACUUGACUGUGUGCCUGAAACUUCACGAAACUACCUGCAGAAUAUCAAAAGCCCACACGUUUUAUGAGAUGCCUGCCUUAUCUGCUGAGAUUGUUUGCAGAAUUAUUAUACUUAAACCUGUAGUGGAUUCAGCAGGAGGGCCAGGAGAUGAAACUGGAAAGAAGAAUUCAGUAAAAACGGUCUUCCAGGGGACCCUCGCUGCUACAAAAUCUUGGCUUCGGAAAAUUUUUAAAAAGAGCAUGUUCCAGACUGGGUAUUUUUAUUUUUCACCUGUCACCUUCACUUACAGAGAGGAGAUUGAGGUCUGGAGGCGACUGGUGGAAAUAAACUUCCCCACGGAGUAUGACUGGAAGGAAUCCUUGCUGAGGGACAUGGCAGGGAGGCUCAAACAGGAGAGGCCUCUCUUCCAGAUUUCUGCCUUCUGCAACUCUAAUUGGGUUGCUGCAGGUGCAGAAGACAGUGUGGCGAAAUGCUUUGAGAUGUGUGCCAUUGAAGCCGUGGGCUCGGUCUGCCAGUCUCAAACCAGUAUCCUUGGGAAAAUCUCUUAUAAUGACUUGCAAAAAUGUGGCAACCUUGUGUCUGCUGUGAUCACCAAGUCCUGGCCAACAAGUAGAGGGGAGUUUGUAGACGACUUGGGUGGGGUUUUGAAUCACCUGCUCACAUGGCCAGACAUCAAGCACCUCUUCAAGUUAUAUGGAACCAACGAGGAAAUAUUAGCAAAUAUUACCAAGGAAGGCAAGAAGUUGAUGGCCACUGCGGACUCUGUGUUGACAAAAGUUACAAAUGACCUCAUCAAUGGAACAAUUUUAGUUGGGCACCUGGAGCUGAUCCUAGAACACAUGGAUCAGUUCCUCGACAUUUGGCAGUUACAGAGUAAAAGUUCUUUAAUCCAAGACAGAAAACAAACUAUGAAGGAAGUGCUGAGUCUGAGGAAGAAUGAACUAUUCACUCUAAAGAAAGAGAAGACAAAUGUUGACUCUCUCCUGAAGUUGUGUGGCAGGGUAAAAGACGUGAUAAAAGUGGAUUUUGGAGAGAUUGCUGAAAGACAUUCGGAAGACCUCCAUGGGAAAAAGUUAAACCAAGUUGUGACAGUGACUUUGUCAGCCACCUCCCUUGACUCAAAGUGGACAACACAUUAUAACCUGAGCCCUGAAGUCCAAGAAAUGGCCAAAAAUGCAUAUUUGCUAAAGGACAGUCACAUCUUCCAGAUCUUCUGGGCAGAAGCCGCACAGAAGCUGAGUGAGCCAGAAGAGAACUUGGAAAGGGAGAUAUUUCAGCCUGAAGAGGUGUAUGAAUGUUUAUAUUGUCCUUGUUUCAGAAGGUUUACAAAACUGUAUCAGGAUCUGAAGUCAGGGGAGGUCACCUUUGGGGAAAUUGAUGACAUCUUCAAGGACUUUGUGAAUAACUACAGUGCCCUAACUGAAGACCUCCAGACCAUGUGUGCUCUAUAUCCCAGAGAUCAGAAGGAUUGGAUCAAGGAGCGAGUCCAGCAGAUCAAGGAAUACCAUCACCUGCAUCAGGCUGUCGACUCAGCCAAGGUCAUCUGGAAGGUCAAAGAGACUUUGGGCCUGACUGGUGACUUCAGUGUUCUCCACACCUUACUAAGCUUUACUGUCUUGGACAACUUUCGCCACGAAAAACUGGACCGUAUCAACCAGCAAAUUAUCCAUGCCAAAAAGCUUCUGCAGGAUAUAGAUGAGACUCGGUGUCAGUGUCUGAAGGAGCUGUCCCAGAGAAAGGAGUUCAUUAGUUGGGUCCAGGAGGCUCUCAGAGGCAUCACCGAGCUGAAGGUGUUCGUGGACCUGGCCUCCAUCUCUGCGGGGGAGAACGACAUUGACGUGGACCGGGUGGCUUGCUUCCACGAUGCUGUGCAGGGUUACGCGCCCCUGCUCUAUGAGCUGGACACAAGUGCGGGUUUUGAUGAGUUCAUGCAACACCUGAGAGAGCUGUGGAAGGCUCUGGAUAAUGACCACAACCUGCCCACGAAACUGCGUGACUCUGCCCGGAACCUCGAGUGGCUGAAGACAGUGAAGGAGAGUCAUGGGUCUGUGGAGCUCUCGUCCCUGUCCCUGGCGACAGCGAUCAACAGCAGAGGCAUCUAUGUGAUCAAGGCUCCCACGCAUGGCCAAAAGAUUUCCCCAGACACAGUUCUUCGUUUAAUCCUUCCCGAGGGCCAGGGAGGCCACGAGGAGAAGCGAGAGUACUCUUUAGAAGAGCUGAAAGAACUUUUGAACAAAUUGAUGCUGAUGUCUGGCAAGAAAGAACACAGCAAUGCUGAAGUCGUAGAGGUAUUUUCCGAGGUGUUCUGCAACGUUCAGAGGCUUGUCCAGUCGUUUAUAAACCUUUACUCUGCUGGAAACUUGCUGUUCAGGGCCUGGUCAGCCGAGGUGUACUGCACCCCCCUAAAGGGUGUCUCCAUCCGGCUGGACUUCUGUCUGAGGCUAGUGGGCCCACUGGUGGAGGGCGGGCCAGUCGUCCAGCUGCUGGAAGCCCUCUGCCAGCAGCUGGAGGACUUCCUGGGCCACUGGGAGAGAUUCGUGGCAGAGAAGCGAGCUGAGCACUUUUACCUCAACUACUACACCGCUGAGCAGCUGGUUUACCUGGGCUCGGAGCUCGGGGGGCAGACGCCCAGCGCCGCUGCCCUCACUAUGCUGUCCUUCAUCAAAGGCAGCUGCACCCCAGGGGAUGUCUCGGAGGCCUGCAGGGGGCCCCGCGGAAGGGCCAGCAGCCACCAGGAGAGUACAGUGGUGGAAGACUUGCCACUGCUGCUCUUCUCUGAGCCCAGACUGGUGGACAAGCUGAGGGUCAUCAUGAAAUGCUCGAUGACAUGCAUGAGUGCCUUCCUGCCUCACUGCCUGGACCUGGACGCCCUUGGCCACUGUCUGGCCCACCUGGCGAGGAUGGCUGGACCCCCUGUGCAGCGGGAGCUCCCCCACGGCCUACAGGAGGGCCAGCCCAACCUCAUCGUCUGUGGCCACUCUGAGGUGCUGUUAGCCGCCCUGGCCAUCUACAUGCGGACCCCACACCAGCCCCUGCCCACCUACGAUGAAGUGCUGCUCUGCACCCCAGAAACCACAUUCGAGGAGGUGGCAUUGCUCCUGCGUCGCUGCCUGACCCCAGGCUCCCAGGGACUCGGGGUCUAUAGCCUGCUGUAUGCGGACCAGCUGAGCUACGAGGUGGCCUGCCGGGCAGAGGCGCUCUUCCGGAGGCUGUGCAUGCAGCCCCACCGGACGCACUACCGGCUCGUGAUGGUCUGUGACUGUGAGCGGGAGCACUGCUACCUCCCCUCGGCCUUCAGCCAGCACAAGGUCCUCGUCACCCCCCAGGCGCCCCUCAAGGACAUCCAGGCCUACCUGGCUCACCACUUCCGAGUCCCGGAACAGACCCCAUCAGCUGCCGCCGUGUUCCAGGACCGCAUGUGUGUUGGGAUCGUAGCCUCGGAGAGAGCGGGCAUAGGAAGGUCUCUCUUUGUGAAGAGGUUGCACAGCCAGCUGAAAAUGCAGUUUAAUGGAGCAAAAGUGACUCGAAAAGUUAUUCGAUUGAUUGACCCUCAGGUGGAUGAGAAUGAAGUCCUGGGGUCCCUUCUGCCUUUCCUGGAUGCCCAGUAUCAGAGGAGACCCAUAAUAUUCCACUUUGACGUGACCUCUUCAGUGCGGACUGGUAUUUGGGUGUUUCUCUUCAAACUCCUCAUUCUCCAUUACUUAAUGGACAUAAAUGGGAAGAUGUGGUUUCGGAACCCCUGCCACUUAUAUAUCAUUGAAAUCCUAGAAAGGAAUUCGACAUUGCCACGAAGGCCUUCGAAGCUGAAUGCACUUGUCCCCCAGUUCAAUUUUCUAGACAUCUUCCCCAAAGUGACCUGCAGACCUCCCAAAGAAGUGAUCAACAUGGAGCUGGAUCCUCAGCAGAGCUACAAAGAGCCAGGAAUGGAUCAGAGAGCAUUCCGUAGUGAAAUAUUCCAGAGACCUUACCAAUAUUUAAGACGGUUCCAUCAGAAAGAAAACCUAGACACAUUCCAGUACCAAAAAGGUUCUGUUGAGGGCAGCCCUGGCGAAUGCAUCCAGCACCUCCUGAUUUACUGCGGGGUGAUAAACCCGUCCUGGUCAGAACUUCAGAACUUUGCUCGGUUCCUGAACUACCAGCUCCGAGAUUGUGAGGCCUCACUCUUCUGUAAUCCCACCUUUGUUGGAGACACAUUGGUGGGUUUCAAAAACUUUGUGGUCACCUUCAUGAUUUUCAUGGCCCGAGAUUUCGCCACACCUACACUUCUCACAUCUGACCAAAGUCCAGGAAAGUACAUGCUCACUAUGGAUGGGGUCAAAGAAGAAGACCUCGCCCCUUUCACUCUCCGGAAGAGGUGGGAGUCGGAGCCCCACCCAUAUGUUUUUUUCAACAGUGACCACACAUCCAUGACGUUCAUAGGUUUCCAUUUCCAUUCCAACCAGAACGGUGGUGUUGAUGCCAUAGACCGCUUGAGUGGGAAGGUAAUCAAGAAGGAUGUUAUGACAGUGCAACUGUACCAGGGGCUGUUGCUUCAGAGGGUGCCCUUCAACGUUGACUUUGACCAGCUGCCCAGACAUGAGAAACUUGAAAAACUGUGCCUGGCAUUGGGUAUCCAGUGGGCCAGUGACCCUGAUGAAACAUAUGAGCUUACAACAGAUAACAUGCUUAAGAUCCUUGCCAUUGAGAUGCGUUUCCGGUGUGGCAUCCCCGUCAUCAUCAUGGGAGAAACCGGCUGUGGGAAAACCAGACUCAUUAAAUUCCUUAGUGACCUGCGGCGUCAGGGUGCUGAUGCUGAAACCAUGAAGUUGGUCAAGGUCCACGGAGGAACAACUGCCGACAUGAUCUACUCCAAGGUCAGGGAGGCUGAAGAGCUGGCCCACAUCAAUAAGGCCCAGUAUCAGUUGGACACCAUCUUGUUCUUUGAUGAAGCCAACACCACGGAGGCCAUAAGUUGCAUCAAAGAGGUCCUGUGCGACCACACAGUGGGUGGCCAGCCCCUGGCUAAGGAUUCUGGCUUGCAUAUCAUUGCAGCCUGCAACCCUUACCGGAAGCACACCCAGGAGAUGAUCUGCCGUCUGGAGUCAGCCGGAUUGGGGUACAGGGUUAGUGCAGAAGAGACGGCCGAGAGGCUUGGCUCCAUCCCCCUGAGGCAGCUGGUGUACCGUGUCCACGCUCUGCCGCCGAGCCUGAUCCCCCUGGUGUGGGACUUUGGACAAUUGAAUGACUCUGCAGAAAAACUCUACAUCCAUCAGAUUGUCCAGAGACUGGUGAAGUCCAUCGUGAUGGUGCAGAGUGAGACUCAUGUAAUCACGGAAGUGCUUUCUGCCUCUCAGGGUUUCAUGAGGAAAAGACAAAAUGAGUGCAGCUUUGUCAGCCUCAGGGAUGUAGAACGCUGUGUGAAAGUUUUCAAAUGGUUUUACGACCACAGUGAGAUGCUCUUGUCUAAGUUGGAUUCCUUUCUCUCUGAGCCUGGGGUCAUCCAAAAUGACUUUGAGAGAGAUCCUGUCCUCUGGUCCCUGGUUCUGGCCGUCGGGGUCUGUUACCACGCCUCUUUAGAGGAGAAGGAAUCUUAUCGGAGAGCUAUUUGCAGGUUCUUUCCAGCACCAUAUAAUGACAGCAGGGUUAUCCUGGAUGAGAUAACGCAAACCCAGGAUCUUUUUCUGCAUGGUGUGUCUCUGAGGAAAACAAUCGCCAGGAACUUGGCUUUGAAGGAGAACGUCUUCAUGAUGGUUAUCUGCAUCGAGCUCAAGAUUCCUCUUUUCCUGGUGGGCAAGCCCGGCAGCUCCAAAUCUCUCGCCAAGACCAUCGUGGCAGAUGCCAUGCAAGGCCAGGCUGCACACUCGGACCUCUUCCGGCACCUGAAGGAGGUCCAUUUGGUGUCAUUCCAGUGUAGUCCACAUUCCACCCCACAGGGCAUCAUAGGCACCUUCAAGCAGUGUGCCCGUUUCCAGCAGGGGAAGGACCUCGAGCAGUAUGUCUCCGUGGUGGUGUUAGAUGAGGUUGGACUAGCAGAAGACUCACCCAAAAUGCCCCUGAAGGCACUGCACCCAUUGCUGGAAGAUGGAUGCAUUGAAGAUGAUCCUGCCCCCCACAAAAAAGUUGGCUUCAUAGGCAUUUCCAACUGGGCCCUGGAUCCUGCCAAGAUGAACCGGGGUAUAUUUGUGUCACGUGGUAGCCCCAAUAAAAGAGAGCUCAUUGAGAGUGCCAGGGGAAUUUGUGCUUCAGAGCCCCUCGUCCAAGAAAGAAUCCGAGGAUACUUCACAUCCUUUGCCAAAGCCUACGAAACAGUGUGUAAGAGGCAGGACAAGGAAUUCUUUGGGCUUCGUGAUUACUACAGCCUCAUCAAAAUGGUCUUUGCUGCAGCCAAAGCUUCUAAUAAGGAGCCUUCCCCUCGAGACAUCGCACAAGCUGUCCUUCGGAACUUCAGUGGCAAAGACGACAUUCGUGCCCUGGACAUCUUUUCAGCCAAUUUACCCGAGGCAAAGUACACAGAGGAAGUCAGCACCAUGCAGCUGAUCUACCAGAACUUAUACGGCCAUCUUCAGACGAUGCAUGGCAGAGAGCUGGAUGACUCCGAGUCCCGCUACCUGCUUGUGCUGACCAGAAAUUACGUGGCCCUGCAGAUCCUCCAGCAGGCAUUCUUCAUUACAGACCAACCAGAGAUUAUUUUUGGAUCCAGUUUUCCCAAAGAUCAAGAGUACAACCAGAUCUGCCGAAAUAUCAACCGAGUAAAGAUCUGCAUGGAAACCGGCAAGAUGGUGGUGCUGCUCAACCUGCAGAACCUCUAUGAGAGCCUCUACGACGCACUCAAUCAAUACUAUGUCUACCUUGGCGGUCAGAAGUACGUGGACCUGGGUCUGGGGACCCAUCGGGUCAAAUGUCGAGUUCACCCAGACUUCCGCUUGAUAGUCAUUGAGGAGAAAGAUGUCGUCUACAAACAUUUUCCCAUCCCCCUCAUUAACCGGCUGGAGAAGCACUAUCUGGACAUCAACACCGUUUUGGAGAAAUGGCAGAAGAAUAUCGUGGAAGAGCUCAAGGUGUGGGUGGAGAAGUUUAUAGAUGUGAAAGCAGAGCAGUUUCUAGCCAGACCCAAAUACAGCCCUUCUGACGUCUUCAUUGGGUACCACUCAGACACAUGUGCCUCAGUAGUGCUCCAGGUCAUAGAGCAGGUCGGGCACAAGGUCUUGACUGAUGAACUUUACCAGAAAGUCUCUGCGCAGGCCAAGUCAGUGCUGCUGGAUUGUGCCACCCCUGAUGCUGUGGUGCGGCUGAAUGCUUCCUCACUCGGCCAGUUCACUGCACAGUCCCUGUCGGAAGAAUACUAUUACAGGCAGCAGCAUAACUCCUUUGCAGACUUCCUCCGGGCUCACCUUUGCACGAUGGAUUCAGAACGCCAUGCCAUCUUCACAGAGAUCACUACAUUCUCCAGGCUGCUAACCAGUCAUGACUGUGAACUUUUAGAAUCAGAAGUAAAGAACUGGACUGUGAAACUCAGCGUCUUGUCACUGCAACAGUUUGACACCGAGUACUCUUUCCUCAAGGAAGUUCGAAACUGCUUAGCUCACACAGCCAGGUGUAAAAUUCUGGUUAUUCAAACAGAUUUUGAAGAUGGAAGUCACAGUGCUCAGCUCAUCGCCUCAGCAAAGUAUUCUGCUAUAAAUGAAAUCAACAAGAUACAAGGAAAUAAGAACCAUAUCUUGGUCUAUUUUAUCACAAAACUGUCUCGGAUGGGAAGUGGAACGUCCUAUGUAGGAUUCCAUGGAGGGCUGUGGCAUUCUGUGCACAUCGACGACCUCCGGAGAUCCACAGUCAUGGUUUCAGACGUAACUAAACUGCAGGAUGUGGCCAUCAGCCAGCUGUUUAAACCAGAAGAUCCCCCUAAGGUGGAGGUGGGCCACCGAGCCCAAGAAGAUGGUGAGGAGCUGAUGGAAACUGAGGCGGUCACGUCGCAGCAAGUGGUAGAGGUAAAAAUGGAGACAGAAAGUCCUGAGACAAAUGAUAGCCCAGGCUUCGGACCAGAACAUGAUACGCAGAUCCUGGACACCACCAGGCUGCUGAAAAGCUGUAUUCAGGGUGCCGUGGGCAUGCUCAGAGACCAGAAUGAGGACUGUCAGCGCAGUGUUCGGAGGGUCUCCAUCCUCCUCAGCCUCCUAGAGGAAGAUGCCACUUUCUUGCUGGUCGCUAAGAUGCGCCUCUACGUCCUUUUAAUGAAGCAGGAAGAGAACUCUAUCUGCAAUGUGAAGGACUGGGUGGUGAGGGAGGCCUCCAAUCAGGACGCUCUACAGGAGGCUGGCACGUUCAGGCAGACCCUCUGGAAGCGGGUCCAGGGCGCUGUGACUCCCCUCCUGGCGAGCAUGAUCUCCUGUGUCGACAGGGAUGGCAAUCUUGAGCUACUGGUCAACCCACACUCUCCGUCCUGGGCGAGAGACCUUUGGAUGUUUAUUUUUAGUGACGUUAAACUUCUGAACAUUCCUCUUGUGACGAUUGAUACAAGGUCUAAAGGAGAGAUGUCCUACAUCGUGGUGCAGAACUACAUGAACCUCUCAGAGAAGGCAUCCAAUAGUGUCCCAUUUAGCUGGAGAAUCAAGGACUAUCUGGAGGAGUUGUGGGUCCACACUCAGUACAUCACAGGAGAUGCGGGACUGGCAGAGAAGUUACUAGAACUCUUUCAGAAGACCCCACUGGGCAGUUUUCUUGCUCAGCUCACAGUAGACCAGCGGCAGGAGCUUCUUCAGUGUUACCUGAAAGAUUUCCUUCUCUUGACCAUGAGAGUGUCCACUUGGGAACAGUUAAACGCUCUGCAAAUGGCUCUGCAGUCCUGCGUCAAUCAGCUGAAUGCAGGAAGGCCAGAGGAAGAGGCCUCCUUACCAUCAGUGCACCUCGCCUACCACCACUUCAGAAGCCGGCUACAGAACUUCUCCAGGAUCUUGACCAUCCACCCUCCAAUUCUACCAAGCCUUAUGAAAGGCACACAGAACCACAACUGGGCUGGACGUGAGAUGAGUCUGGAUGUGUUGGCAGCAGUGGCCUGUGCUGAAAUGCUGACGGAAAACCUCCUGAAGCCCAGUCCCCAAGCUUGGUUACGGACGGUGAAGAAUCUUUCCAUGCCCCUGGAGCUCCUCUGCUCAGAAGGGUACAUGCAGGCCUGUGGGAUGAAGACCAGAGAGGUCAUCAGGGGUGUCAGAACCCACUGGAAUCGCAUUUUCUCCAUCUCGCUCUUCGUGGAGCACGUGCUGCUGGAGACGGAGAGUCAGAUUCCUGAGCUGCUCAAGCUGGUGACCGGCUAUGUCUCCUUGCUGAAUAAGUGCCUACUGGAGGACUCUGACAUGAAGACCCAUAGGCCUUUCAUGGCGGUGAUGACUACUCUUCGUAAAUGUAAGGACCAGGUCAGCGAGAGUUUGACCAGGUUUGGGGUUCAGCCGUGCCCCAUCUGCCUGGGAGACGCACAGGAUCCUGUCUGCCUGCCCUGUGACCAUGUGUUCUGUCUGCGCUGCAUUGACGUUAACCUCACCCAAGGGCACAUGGGGUGCCCCUUGUGUUUAACCGACCUACCAGACAGAUACUCUGCAACUGUGUCCCAGGAGCACGGGGAGGCCAUUGAGAAACAUGCCCGCUUCCGGCAGAUGUGCAAUAGUUUCUUCGUGGACCUGGUUUCUACCAUGUGCUUCAAAGACAAUUCUCCACCUCAGAAGGAAGUGGUCAAAGACCUGCUAUCCUUACUCUUUGUAGAGAAGGAGCUCCUUCGAGAGGCUCCCCAACGAUGCCGUGAACACACAAAGUCUCUUUCUCCUUUUGAUGAUGUCGUGGAUAAGACCCCCGUGAUCCGCUCAGUGGUAUUGAAACUGCUUUUAAAAUACAGCUUCUGUGAUGUGAAAGAGUAUAUUCAGACUUAUUUGUCCGAGUUAGAAAAGAAACCAUUCCUGGCUGAAGAUAAAACCGAACUGUACAUGCUCUUUAGCAACUGCCUGGAGGAUUCAAUACAUGAGAAGAAUAAUGCUUUCUUCAUAAGGGAUGAAUUGAAAUACCUGCGAGAGGAAGGCCAUUUCCUUACGACAUACCAGCCAGUGGGAUACAGCCGAUGGCCUGCUGGUGAGGCCUCAGUGGAGCACCUACAGAAGAUGGCCCGCAUCCGCCUCUGUCUUGACAAGGCAUCUGAGAUCCUCGCCGAGUUUCAGGAUGGCUCAGAGAUGGCGGAGGAGAAGCAUCACUACCUGCAGCAGGUGAAGCGCUUCUGUGCCCGGGUCCAGAAUGACUGGUACCGAGUGUACCUGGUGAGGAAGCUCACCAGCCAGCAGGGGAUGGCGUUUGUGCAGAGCCUCUCCAAAGAGGGCCAUCCGGCCCACUGGGUGUUUCCUAAGGAAGUCAUCGCACAGCAGAGGGAUCAUCCAGGCCAGAUGGAUCGGUAUCUGGUGCAUGGGAACGACUACAAGGCUGUCCGAGAUGCAGUGGGAAAAGCCGUUCUGGAAUCCAAGCCCCUGGCUGUUGAGACAGCUCUGGAGGACUGUAGGAGCUCCGCAACUCAGAAGGCUGUCUACCUACUGUUAGCACUUUUUAGAGAGGUCACCACUUUGUACAGAUCAGACAAUGCAGACCUCCAUCCUAAGCCACAGCAAUGUGAGGCUAUGGAGAAAUUCAUUGAGAAAAGCAAGACCUUGUCUCCUGAUAUCAGACCUUUUGCAAUAUCCCUUGUGAACAAUGAACUACCCCUGCUGAGGACAGGUCCUGGGGUCAGCAACCUGGAAGGGCCAGUAAUAGAAAUGGCUGUUCAUGCUGCAACCGUCCUUCUCUGUGGACAAAGCCAAGUCUUAGGACCCCUGAAGAAUUUGGCCUUCUUCCCACACCUCAUGGUGAAUGCCUUUCUUCCAACGAUGCCUGAAGACUUGCUGGCUCAAGCUAAGAAUUGGAAGGGUCUGGAAGGAGUCCUCUGGUACAGAUGUCCCAAUGGUCACAUGUGCGCUGUAGGAGAGUGUGGCAGGCCGAUGGAACAGAGCUUUUGUAUUGACUGUCAUGCUCCAAUUGGAGGGAUUAAUCACAUUCCGGAGGCGGGGUUUCAUGUUAUCAAUGACACCACGGACAGAACUCAAACUGGCCAUGUGCUGGGAAGCCCACCACCCAGAGGUGUGGCCGUGGUAUCUGACCGAGAGAUGUCCCCCGUGGUCUUCCUUCUCAUCCGGCUACUCACUCAUUUGGCGAUGCUUCUGGGAGCCACCCAGAGUCCCCAGGACUUGAUGAACAUCAUCAAACCUCUGGUAUGGGACCCAAAAGGGUUUCUGCAGCAGCACAUCCAGAGAGACCUGGAGCAGCUGACGGACACGCUGGGGAGGAGCGCGGACGAGGCCGCCAGCGUGGUGCACCUUGUCCUGCGCCGCCUUCUCCGAGAGCAGGGCCGCGGGUCUUUAGAUUUUGAUGCAGAAUUGUCAACCAGGGGAAAGAGGAACAGCUGGGAACAGCUUAUUCAGACUCUUAUUCUGCAUGAACUAGAGCAUCUAGAUAAAACCCUCCUGGCAGUGAACGCUCAGAUCAGCCAAGAUGAGCGCAUCAGCUCCAACCCUGUGGCCAGAAUCGUGUAUGGUGACCCAGUGACCUUCCUGCCCCACCUGCCCAAGAAUAGCAUGGUUCACUGCUCUAAGAUGUGGAGCUGCAGGAAAAGGAUCACCAUCGAGCACCUCCAGCACAUCGUGGAGCAGAAGAACGGCAAAGAGUCAGUGCCCAUCCUCUGGAAGUUUCUGCAGAAGGAGGCAGAGCUGAGACUGGUGAAAUUCUUGCCCGAGAUUUUGGCCCUGCAAAGGAAUCUAGUGAAACGAUUCCAGAAUGUUUCAGAAGCUGAAUACAGAUCCAUCCAAAGUUUCAUUAGCAGUCACGAUUCAGAUGGACUGAAGAAGUUAGCCCGCAGCAGAGUCACUGUCUUUCUGUCAACAUGGAACAAGCUGAGGCGAUCGCUGGAGACCAACGGUGAGAUCAAGCUACCUAAAGACUACUGCAGCUCCGACCUUGAUCUGGACACUGACUUGGAAGUCAUCCUGCCUCGCCGCCAGGGCCGGGGCCUCUGCUCCACCGCCUUAGUCAGCUACUUGAUUAACUUGCACAAUGAAAUUGUCUAUGCGGUGGAGAAGUUCUCCAAAGAAGAUAACAGCUACUCCAUCGAUGCCUCUGAGAUUGCUGACCUGCACGUCAUCAGCUACGAAGUGGAGCGGGACCUGAUUCCACUGAUUCUCUCCAACUGCCAGUACCACGUGCAGCAGGGCGGGGAGACCUUGCAGGAGUUUGACCUGGAGAAGAUCCAGCGCCAGAUCAUCAGCCGCUUCCUGCAGGGCAAGCCCAGGCUGACCCUCAAGGGAAUACCCACUCUGGUAUACAGACGUGACUGGAACUAUGAGCAUCUCUUCAUGGACAUCAAGAACAAAAUGCAACAGAGUCCCCUCCCCAAUGCGGCCAUCACUGCCAUCAGAGGACAACUGCAGUCCUACAGUGACGCCUGUGAAGCUCUGUCUGCCAUAGAAGUCACGCUGGGGUUUCUGAGCACAGCUGGUGGGGAUCCAAACAUGCAUUUAAAUGUGUAUAUCCAAGACAUGCUGAAGAUGGGUGAUCCGACCUCACUGGUUUCAAAGGCCUUAAACAGAUGCCAGUUAAAACAUACCAUCGCCCUCUGGCAGUUUCUCUCUGCCCACAAGUCUGAACAGCUACUUCGCCUGGGAAAAGAGCCAUUUGGGGAAAUCAUCCCAAGGUACAAAGCUGAUCUCAGCCCUGAAAAUGCUAAGCUGCUCAACACCUUCCUAAAUCAGAUUGGCCUGGAUGCUUUCCUCCUGGAGCUUCAUGAAAUGAUGAUCUUAAAGCUAAAGAACCCCAAGACUGCAGAGAGUUUCAACCCUGAGUGGAGCCUGAGAGAUACACUGGUGAGCUACAUGGAGACUAAAGACAGUGAAAUUCCUCCUGAAAUGGAAUCUCAGUUCCCAGAAGAGAUACUGCUUUCCAGUUGUGUCGCUGUGUGGAAAAUGGCUGCUGAACUGAAACGGAAUCGACAGAUGAGAUAGAAUUGUUUCCUGUCUCUACAGGGAACUUGGGCAGAGAAGGCUUUUCCCUCAUGGGUGGGUGCUUAGAAAGAAAGCUGUGGGCACAGCACUAAAUUUGAGACCAAGAUGUGCUGUGCUGGCUGACAGCUUCUUGAGAGCCAAACUGUUUCAGGAACAUUCAGAAACUUAUCUCCUCAUAUUCUGAAUACCAUUCAUUGGGAGGUGAGAACUGAAGAUUAUAUGGAACUGGAAUAAAGCACCGUCCUCUGGGAGAGACCGAAAAAUAGCUUCUCAGCUUCACACAUACAACCUGUGCCCCAGGUGUCCUGUGUCUUACCAUGCGCGUACCCAGCACACCAGCCCCUUCUUCCUCAGACCACUGCGUGCUGAGAGGGACCGGAAAAUAAGGUUAUUAAUUUUUGUCUUCUUUUCUAGUUUAUUCUGCAGUCACAAAAGAGAAGCUGGCUUUCUUCCUUGUUCCAUUCCUUUAAAUUCAGAGAAUUGUACAAGUACUUCUAGGUCUCCAAGAAGAUGCAAAUACAAGUCAGGCCAUUCUGCGAGUGCCUUGAUGCCAAACUAACCAGCCCUCACCCAUGCCCACAAAUGAUUCACUGCCAAAUUUCAAGGGUCAGAGCCCCAAAGCUUUCAUUGUGAAGAGUGCUGGGCCAAGAGUCAAGGACACUGUUGGUGACUUAGUUUCCACAUCUACAAAAUGAAGGGACUGGAGUGAAGGCCAGAUUUCCUGCCAGUUCUAGUAUUCUAGUAAAUUCUAAGUGAAAGUUGAUCAGUGUAAAGUUGGAUCAAAGGCAUGGUUCUGGCAUUCUGGCAUUUCUGGGGGAAGUUUUUGCUUCUGUAGGAUUCUGCUAAAUAAACGUGAGUUUUUAGCGUG